AUUUACGGGACAAUUUCCUUAGACUCAUAGACGGUCAUGCUGAGUUUGCAUUUCGGCAAGAUUGCGUAAUAUACCGCUUGAUGUUCCGUAACGCUGUUGUUGUUGUCAAUCAGAAAUGAGAAGCCGAAAAUGGCAAAAUUGGAAAGACACUAUGGAGGCUGCCAUUGCGGAGAAGUGAGGUUUUUGGUUAAAGCUCCAGCACACCUUGAAGUAAUUCAAUGCAACUGUAGCAUAUGCAGGAAAAAGCAAAACCUCCACUUCAUUGUACCAGAGAGCAACUUUGAACUUUUAAAGGGAGAGGACAAUUUGACAUGUUAUACAUUUAAUACAAACAAAGCAAAGCAUCUCUUUUGCAAGACAUGUGGAGUGCAGAGUUUUUAUAGACCACGCUCUAAUCCAAAUGGAGUUGGUGUUAUGCCACACUGCUUAGAUGAAGGGACUGUUAUUGGAAUGGAUAUACAAACAUUUGAUGACAAUGUGCAAAUCAGAACAACACUGCCCUUGAUCAGCUAUUUAUAACAAGAUCAGAGGAUGUUCCAAACCUGAAAAGUUUGAUAAAAAACAGUCCAUACACGAGGCCUGUUAUAGUCAAAGAACUGAUUUAGAGGAUGGGUAAUGAUGUCCUUUGAUCUAUCCUUGAGGAUUUUAGAAGUAACUCUGGACUCUGGUUUGUUUUGUUUGAUAGCAGAUGAAUGACAUUAUCCAUGCUUUGCUAUGACAUGAAUGACAUGAAUGACAAUAUAUUGGUAAUUAGGGAGCAGCUUUCUUUUAGCUCUUCACAACCUAAUACAUUUAUCAAGCAAUGUAAAAUUAUCAAAUCGCCUUGCCAAAACUUUAUACAAUAUAUACAACCUUUUUUAUUACCCCUUAUAUAUUGGACUCUUUUUUUAUUCACAAAUACCUUCGUUAUGACUGUUAAAUCUUCCCUUGCCCCCCCCACUUUCCAACCUGCUUCAGAGCCCAUGAAAAAAAAACCAAAAUUUGGCCUUGGAUUCUGUUGAUAAAAACAAACCCCAACACCCUCAAUAUUACCAAAGAUUUUUGAGUAAGUUUUCUCACCCACAGGGAAGCCUACAAUGCAGUGACUUGAUAUGAUAGACAUUAUUCAUAUGAAAGAGCUGAUAUCUGAGUCUGUAAACAUGCUGCAUUUUCAAAAUGUCCCUACUUUUACAAGAACAUGGAAUGUUGGAAUGUUGAAAUGUUAGCCUUUGCAAGGUAAUACCUUCAUAUACGAUACGUUCUUGUAUCAACAAGCCCAAAUUAAACACAAAUAUACUUGUUAGGAUGUAGUUAUGUAGUUAUAUAGCUUUUACAUUCCACAUUCCAUGUUUUCAAGAUAGCCAUUUUUGAAUUACAGAAGAUUGGUGUAGAUGGAGAUAUAAAGCCUUUGGAAGCAUUUCAAAUUCUUCCUGUUGUUGUUGGUAGUAAAAUCUUCAGUUGGUCACAAAGUCCUUCGUUUUUCUUGAAACGGUUGGCGAAUUUUAGGUAAAGAGCAAGCUGCAUUCAGCUGACAAACAAUUUACAGGUUAUGAUUGUUCCAGUGCCGUCGGAACGAAAUUCAUAUUGGGGGUAUGGGGGGGGGGGGGGGGGGGGUUGUCCAUUGUAUUCCUUCUCUUUCAGUACACUGUUAUAAAGGAAAUAUACUACAGCUCAACAAUUAUUGGGGGGCCAGCCCCCUACCCGGUUCCGACGGGGCUGUGUUCUUCAUAUGAAUUUUUAUGUUCGUGGACGUCUUUUACUGAUGUUGCCAUAACAAGGAAUUAUGAUAAUAUUAUAAUUAACUUUUUUAAUAUGUUAGUUUCUAGAGACAUUAGUUACUUAUUACAUUGAGGUUUGUGUCAAUUGAUUUACAAGAAAACGUCUGAGUUAAAAUUGACUUUUUCUUUACUUUCGUUGCCUAAGCUUCCCAUUCAUUCAGUACACUAUAUAAAAGAAAUAUAGUACAUUUUGAAAUUAUGGGGGGCGCUAGCCCCCAGUUCCCACCGGUUCUGACGGCCUUGUGGCAUGAGUUUUCCGCCCAUGGUUUCCCCCACUGGUUUUUCCUCUCCGCGCGUGCAAUGUUCUUAUUUUUAAGGAAAUUUCCCUAAACUAAGGAAUCUUUUAACUUUUUAAGGAAUUUCAAUUGUUAAGAAAAUUUUAAGGAAUUCUAAAAAUUUUGAGAAAUUAUUUUUUACUCUUCUAUGAUAAAGGAACAUUAUACAUUUCCAACCAAACACAACAUUGAAUUAGAAGUAAAGCGAGAGAAGGAUACGAGUCUAUAUAGAGAAGGAUAUAGGUCUUUAAAAACAUUUUCGAAAAUUCGGACAAAAAACGUUUAGACAAAACUUAGAUUUCGGGCAUAUAAAGUUACAAACGAAUUUUGGUUUUAUGUAGACAAAUGACUGGAUUUUAUAUUUUUUAUAUGGCCAAAGUUGUUUUGACCGUAUCUUUUACAAGGCAGGUACCGUAAAUCCUCGAAUUAGCGCCCUGGGGGCUUAUUUAUUUUUGAUAUUUUGAACGGGGGCUUAUUCGUGUGGUAGAGCUUUAUGUUUUAUUUAAUUUCCUGCUAAGGGAAACUCAACUUUGUAAUUUUCACCACAUUACUUACACACAAAUAUCAUUACAAGAUUAUCAUUCAUCAACAACUCCUCCUUAAUAACAAUAACAAGGUUUUUUAUACUAUUUACAGUGCGCAUGUGCAGUUACAACAAUAGAGUGAUAAACAAAGUAUUAA